AACCUCUCCGCGCGAAGACGGCUCCAGCUCUGCAGGGAAAGAAAAGUAACUUCGCCUUUUCUCGGAGGAACCAGGAAGGAUUAAGCAGCCUGGGAGAGGGCAGGAGCGUACCGAGGGUGGAAUGAUUGUGGACUGAGACGCGCUGGGGCAGAGACUAUGUAAUCGCCUCGGUGUCUGAGCAGAGGACUGCGCUUCGGGGAGGGAAGAGGAGGGAUCGGCUCGCUCCUUGGCGACUCGGCAGGCGGAGUUUCGUGGCGGCACCGGGUUGCGCCCGCCCGCGGGGAGGUCGCUCCAUCCAGCCCCAGCAGCCGCGAGAGCCGGAGCGCCGGAGCGCGAUAGUCGGCAGGGGCGAGGGAGAGCGACCGAGCUCCGGGCGCUAGGGAGCGGGCCGGGGAGUCCGGGAGGAGGCGGGCGGCUGCCGAGAGCGAGCCGAGCGCGCCCCCCGCUCGUCCCAGCGGCGCCGCGCCGGGCGGCGUCCAGACGGCAUGGAGAAGGACGGCCUGAGCCGCGCGGACCAGCAGUACGAGUGCGUGGCGGAGAUCGGGGAGGGCGCCUAUGGGAAGGUGUUCAAGGCCCGGGACCUGAAGAACGGAGGCCGGUUCGUGGCGCUGAAGCGCGUGCGGGUGCAGACAGGCGAGGAGGGCAUGCCGCUCUCCACCAUCCGCGAGGUGGCGGUGCUGAGGCACCUGGAGACCUUUGAGCACCCCAACGUGGUCAGGUUGUUUGAUGUAUGCACAGUGUCACGAACAGACAGAGAAACCAAACUAACAUUAGUGUUUGAACAUGUUGAUCAAGACCUGACCACUUAUUUGGAUAAAGUCCCGGAGCCUGGAGUGCCCACUGAAACCAUAAAGGAUAUGAUGUUUCAGCUUCUCCGAGGUCUGGACUUUCUUCAUUCUCACCGAGUAGUGCAUCGUGAUCUAAAACCACAGAACAUUCUGGUGACCAGCAGUGGACAAAUAAAACUGGCUGACUUUGGCCUUGCCCGCAUCUACAGUUUUCAGAUGGCUCUUACCUCAGUGGUCGUCACGCUGUGGUACAGAGCUCCAGAAGUCUUGCUGCAGUCCAGCUACGCCACCCCUGUGGACCUCUGGAGUGUUGGCUGCAUAUUUGCAGAAAUGUUUCGUAGAAAGCCUCUUUUUCGUGGAAGUUCAGAUGUUGAUCAACUUGGAAAAAUCUUGGAUGUAAUUGGACUCCCAGGAGAAGAAGACUGGCCCAGAGAUGUUGCCCUUCCCAGACAGGCUUUUCACUCAAAAUCUCCUCAACCGAUUGAGAAGUUUGUAACAGAUAUUGAUGAGCAAGGCAAAGACCUACUCCUGAAGUGCCUGACCUUUAAUCCAGCCAAAAGAAUAUCUGCGUACAGCGCUCUGUCUCACCCGUACUUCCAUGACCUGGAGAGGUGCAAAGAGAAUCUGGAUUCCCGUCUGCCGCCCAGCCAGAACAGCUCAGAGAUGAAUACAGCCUGAGAGCCCGACAGCCAUCUUGAGCUGAUCACUGGGAGAACACCCCUGGGGGUUGAUGGGCCCCCCCCUGAGUAAGCCCCACAGAGCCACUGAGCAUCCCUGAUGGCUGGGGACUUUCUAGUUGCCGUAGUCUGGACGGGCUCUGCUUCUCCAUGGAAACAGCCUAGUUCACUGUUUUGAAAUCAAUGCAACAGCGAUUGCAGCUUUAUGUUCAUUUGUUUGUUUGUUUGUCUGUUUGUUUGUUUGUUUCAAGAACCUGGAAAAAUUCCAGAAGAAAAGAAGCUGCUGACCAAUUGUGCUGCCAUUUCAUUUUUCUAAUCUUGAAUGCUGCCAGUGUGGAGUGAGCAGUCCAGGCACAGCUGAGUUAUGAUGUAAUCUCUCUGCAGCUGCCCGAGCCUGCUUUGGUACUUUUGAGUGAGGGUGUGCCCGCACGUGCGUGCAUGUGCGUGCAUGUGUGUACGUGUGUGUGUGAGAUUCUUGAUUUCUUAAAGUGUUACUUUCUGUAAACAAACAACAAUAAUUGAAUUUUAAAGACUUAAAGUGACCUAUAAAUAACAGGUGUCUAUUGACUAAAGGUGAUUUACCAGAAUGGGCGUCUCAAAUUGGACACAUGAGUGUAUGUUCUCAGAAUUUCUUUUAUGGCCCAAAACUGUAAAUUGGUUAGAGGUAAAAGGAUCACUAUCUAGAUGAAGUGUUAUACACACAACAAAAGGAAAAAAAUGCUAGUAUAUUUUAAGAGACCUGUUUUUUUUUAAAGCAUACAUUCUAUUUACUUUUGACAAAAGCUGAAUUUACUCACUAUAAGUCCAUUUUAACCUGUAUUAUAGGCUUUAUUAUUUCUUUUGAAAAAUACCCUAUAAGCUUUUUCUUACUUGCUAUAUAGAUUUAGGGAGUGUACCUCAAAUGGGUAAAUUUGUCAAAAAAAAUAGAGAAAGCCUUUAUUUCCUGAUUUGAAAUCUGUUUCCUUUUCGGGUUCUGUUGUUACUUUAUUUUGUUUUUUGAUUUUAGAAAUAUGUCAGAAACCGUUUCCUGUUUUGGUUCGGAGAAUAGCUUUCUCUGACAAGACACAGGAAUACCAUUUAAGUUUUCCCUAUUACACUGUAUUUUUUCUACCAUGCACUGCCUUUAUUGCAGAGCUUCUAGCUUUUCUAUCCCCUGGGGCCCCUCAUACAUAUAACUGAUAACCGAUAGUUUAAGCCAUUCCCGUGCACCUCCUGCUUGCUUGCCGUCAGCGAACCUUUUGUAAAUAGUCAGAUUCAGAUUGUGGCUCAUGGUUUCAAUUCUGCAGUCCUGCCAGGGUCCCAGAGGCUCUCACUCCGGUGCCGUCUCCCCCCAGCAUUCACUGUCGCUCCCUAGGCAGUGAGUGGAGGAGUGGCUCUUCUCUAUCACCAGCACAUAGAUUGCUUUAAACUGUUACUUAGUGUUCUACAGUUUUUUUAGAUGAUGUCAGUGUAGAAUCGAAGAGAAUGUCUUUAACUACUUUUUUUAGAAAUACAUAUUUACUCUAUAAAGUGAUCUUUUCUCCAUCUCCCAGGCUGUGCUUGUUUCUAGUGCCUUGGGCAUACUCCCGCUCCCUGCAGAGCCAGCCUGACCUGGGCAUUGUGAACAGCUUUACCUUUUCUCUUGCCAUUUUCUCUACCGUUCUCUAUAUUUCAUGUCAUCUCUGCCUUAUAUGUGGUUAGUGCUCAGCUCAAGAACCCGAAGACACAGAGAUGAAGUAUCUUUUUGGAAGUUUAGCCAUCUUUGCUCUCUGACUCAUGUUUUGAGUGCAUGCAACAGAUAGGCUGUUUAGAGUUAGGGUUGUCAAAGAAUGAACAUUGCUUCACUCAGUAGAAAAUGUUCCAGUUGAUGUUUAUAUAUUGUCUAGCCUUACUGAAUUCUUCACAACUUAACAUUCUAUACUACCAUCGUGAACAAGAGAAAAAUUAGACUUUUCUCCUUGAAAGCUUUUUGGGUUGGGAAUUACUCUUUUUUAAUACAUAUAGUGUUUAAUAUUUUUCUAACUCAGUAACUUGAAGAGCAGGAAAAUUGGUCUAAAGCUAGAAAUGAAUGAGAAGAUGGGCCACAAGAAUAUUUGGUGCUUUCUUCCUUGUUGACAGCAUUGCUUAUGUUUUGUCAUCACUGUAAAUGCUUGAGAUACAAUGAAUCCACAGCGAUUGGGGCAAUGUCUCCCCUGGAAAAGUGAGCUCUGCCUUUCCUUUGAAGACAUUUUUUUUUUUUGCUGUGCCCUAGAAAUUGAAUUUUAAAACUCACUUUACUGAUUCAUCAUCCGCUUUCUAGCUAGUAUCCAUGGUGAAAGUGAACGUAACUUGAGUUUCUGCUUUUUUAAGGUUUUCAUAAGUUCUCUCAAGAAAAAUGCAGCUGUUCUAAACUGGAAUUUUUCAGCAUUCUUGGGACUUCUAAACAAGUAGAGAGAGCUCCGCUUUAUUUCUAGCAUAUACUUUUGGUUUCAUUUCUCAGUAGUGUUUAUGAAGAAAACUUAAAGCACAAACAUUUUGGCAUGAGAUGCAUUAGAUGCUUGGCAUAUUAUCCCCUGAGAGGCAGAAAGAGAGGCUAUCUUGGCCUCUCUGACCCCAGCUCUCCCAUCUGUUGGUUCUUGCAGUUAAGUGAUUACUCCCUUGUUUUACAUUUUUACAUCCGGGCUCACCAGUUCUGAAAUCCAGAUGCCACACGAGCACGCUUGCCAGCAGGGCAGUUUGAAGCAUACAGCGGCGUAGGAACUUACUGAGGACAGCUUAUUCUUCUGUGACAUAUGGUUUCAAACGUCCUUGCCAAAAGCCAAACAGUGGUUAGCUAUAAAGGUCAUACUGUCCCAGGGAUAUACUGAGGCUGCUUAUAUCAGUAAAAAUUUGAUCACAUUUGAAUCAACAUUCGAGGGCUGGUGCUAGAAUGUGCCUCAUAGUUUCUAUAUGAUGGUUGUUCCGGUGGCCCAGGCAUUGUGGGAGCCGUAGUGCGUGGUGAAGUUGUAACAAUCCCCUGUCAGAAUAAGAGAGAAACCUGUGUAUUCCGGCAUCAUAGCCUAUUCGUGUGGCACAGGUAACGAGGCCCUAAUCUUACAAACGUAAAAACAUAAUUCCCAAGGGCAUGUAAGAACCCAGUGCAUUGGCACCUCCCACUUCAUCUCUCCUCGAAAGUAGAGAGGAACCCAAGAAGCAGAGAACCUGUUUUAGACAAGAGCUUGGAGCCUUUUCAUCCCUCUGUAUUCUCAUGAUUUUCUCUUAGGAAUCACACACUAGGAACAGCAAAUUUUCACUUAGCCCAAGGUGUCUUACUAAAAAUAGUUCAAAAUAUUUACAUAAGAAUAGCAUCUCCGCUGUUUGGUUUUAAGUAAAAAUGAAAAUUUCAGGAUGCACAAGAUGUUAAUAUCUUAAAGAAAAUGUGCACCUCUCAAUAGAAAUGUAUCUUUCUGACUCCAGAACAUAGUACUAUCCAUCCCAGUGAGGGGGAAAAAAACAAAACUAAAUAGUACCAAAUAUUUUGUAUCUUAAAUUAUGUAUUUAAAUUGAGCUUUUAACAAUAUGCCUCUAAAGGUCAGUGAUGGCCGUCCUCGAGCCAUUAUGGAAAUUAAAAUCAUGUAAGCUUCCUAAUAUAAACGUAUUAAAAUUCUUCUCUUCAAAGAAUCACUUCUUUUAAAUGACAACUUGGCUAUUUUUAUGAUCACAGCAAAGAGUGUCUCACAUUUACCAAAAGCACAUGUUGUUGCAUAGCCCUAGGUCUAGGAAAGAGUAAUAUUAAAAGUUAGUAAGGCACUCUAGUUACUUAAUUGUGUUAGUAUAGGGACUAUAGAAUAUUCACCUUAGAAAGAAAAUGUUGAGACAUUAUAAAUUCUUAGGUAUUGACAGAAUUAAAAGAAUGCAUAUAUUUGACAUUGUGACACAUAAAAACAGUGUCUUUAUUUUAAAAAAUAAAGGUGUUAACAUAAUUUCUAAAUCUUUAAAAGGCAUAAAACAGUGGACAAUGGGUAGAGGAAAUUCUAGAGAAAAUGAAGGUAUUCAAAGAAGGGUAGUUUCAAAGUUAGACAUCUUUUGAAGGGUAAAUAUUUAUUAACAAAUAUAAGAAUUUCUAUCAAAGUCAUCCAGAAACUUUGAAGUUGAUGCGGUCUAAAAUAUGUUUUAUGAAAGAGCCUUUCUAAGCAAUUACCAUUUCAAAGGGUGACCUGAGUGAACUAUUAUACUCCGUCUUAUUUCGUGUAAGAAGCAGCCAUGUGAAGCUAACACUUGUUAUGCAAGCCUAAGAAUGUUCACUGUAAAAAAACAAUAAUAAUAAAUGUUUAAAAGGCACAUAUUUUCUGUGCCACCAGAAUUUUUUGAGAACUGGUGAAACCCAAAUGCUGGAUCAUGUGCACUUGAUACAUUCAGAUGUCUGAUUUGGAACAUAGCUACAUGUUUCUUCUCCACUGUGGAAAAACUUCUUGAGACUACAAAAGCCUAUCACGGAGUGUAAGUCCCUAGAUAAUUAGUAGUGGUGUUUUCCUCAAAAGCGUAAGAAAAUAGCACUUUGAUUUCUUAGUAAUGCAAUUUUCAACCUAGUUGUGUUACAUACCUAUAUCUCAAGCAUUUCUAACUUGUAUUUUUUUAGAAAAUAAACCAAAAUAUUCCUUUG